GGGAUGGGACUGUUCUUCACGAUCCUCGGCGGCUUCUUUGUGUUGCAAACGUCGAGACUGCGUUUCUGCUUCGGCACCGACACAUUCUCUGUGCUGCGGGUCUCUGGCACUGAAGGAGAGGGCGAGGAAAAGCGGGUCACAGCAAUAGGGCCCUGGUCGUAUGGGAGCAUCGUAGAGUGGAGGUUCUGGUGGCCGGGCUUCCCGCUGCUGGCGUAUUUCAAGGAGACGCAGACGAAGGAGACCGGGCAGAGACACUUCAUUCCCAUGCUGAUGGAUGGGAGGAGCAUGUACGAGCAGAUGCAAAAGAAUUUCGGC